AUGUCUCGACGGCUAGAAAAUCGAAACGGGCCUGGCGUUCAAAUGCCGCCUACGCACAAUACAAAUGCACAAUACCCUUCGUCCUUCCAUGGCUCCCCCACAUCGCAGUCACCAUAUGGAAGCGGACGAGGUUCCUGGAAUGUCCAACGCCAGAACUCACCACACCCGUACGAAAAUUUGGCUCACGGUAGACCGAGGUCGUUUGCUGACAACCAAUCCAGACAGUACUCUGCGCAAUACCCCCAAGGGAAUUAUGGGCCACCUUCCGGUCCUUCAGGUCACCACGUCUCGAGCCAAUCACCUCCACACCCUCCCACCGGGCCUGUAUCCCAGCCGUAUUCCCAAGGCCGCAGCUUUUCCCGAGGAGGCACCAGGGGUAGCUCGCACACGACCCGAGGUGGCUAUCGUAACCCUACUGGCCCGCAGACUACACAGCGGUCGUCGGGUGCAGGCAAAGGCACCCCUAGCCAAUCUGGCAAUACUACCCCUCGACAUCACAGCCCGCAACGUGCAGCGUCUAGCCAUUCCGAGCUCUCCGGUGCGAGGGAAGAGGGAAGGGACGACGACAAUCCACCUCGGCCAUCAAAUAACCUCCAGGAUGAAGACCCGGCGCUGGAGAAGACUGCUAACGAGCAGAUGCCCCCACCUCGACCUCCACCCACCGCACCCACGGGCCCGGCAAGUUCCAAGUUCAGCUUCGCUUUCAAAACAAACAAGACUCCAGUUGCAACCCCUAAGCCAGAGAUUUCGCAAAAAUUCAACACAGCUCCUAAAAAGGAGCCACCUCCGUCCACCGACGAUCGAGAUCGCGACUUACCUCGAGAUACGCCUAGAGAGCCCGCUUCGGCGAGAGCACGGGCCGAUUAUCAAGCCAGCAGGGCACCUCCAGAGCCGCCGAAAACACGUAAGGUGAAGAAGAAGCAACGGAGACUUAAGCCCAAGCCCGAGCUACCGGCCGAAUUCGCCGCGUCCGACUCGGUGUUUUUCAGGAAACCCGGAAAUGAGUCUGUGGUGGGAUCCGGUACCUAUGGCAAAGUCUUCAAGGGGGUCCACGUGUACACCAAGAGGUUGGUUGCCUUGAAAAGAAUUCGUAUGGAAGGGGAACGAGACGGUUUCCCGGUAACAGCCGUGCGGGAAAUCAAGCUUCUCCAAUCCCUGAAACACACCAACAUUGUCAACCUACAAGAAGUCAUGGUCGAAAAGAAUGAUUGCUUCAUGGUUUUCGAAUACCUCUCUCACGAUCUUACCGGCUUGCUCAACCACCCGUCGUACAAGCUUGACCCGGCACAGAAGAAGCAUCUUGCCCUCCAACUAUUUGAAGGUCUAGACUACCUGCACAAACGGGGUGUGCUGCAUCGAGACAUAAAAGCAGCAAAUAUUCUGGUCAGCAGCGACGGCGUCCUGAAGCUCGCCGAUUUCGGCCUAGCCCGCUUCUAUGCGAAACACCACAUGCUCGACUAUACCAACCGGGUUAUCACCAUCUGGUAUAGGUCUCCCGAGCUUCUGCUUGGCGAGACGCAAUAUGGUGCGGCUGUCGAUAUCUGGAGCGCCGCCUGCGUCAUGGUGGAGAUUUUCACGCGCCACGCUAUCUUUCCCGGCGACGGCGGCGAGAUAAACCAGCUCGAGAAGAUUUACGCUAUCAUCGGCACGCCUAACAAGGUGGAGUGGCCCGGCCUCGUCGAUAUGCCCUGGUUUGAACUGCUACGGCCUGGCUACCGCCGGCCCAACGUGUUCGCCGAGAAGUAUAAGGAACGAGUGCCGGCGGCCGCCUUUGACCUCCUCACCUCGAUGUUUCAAUACGAUCCUGCUAAACGGCCGUCCGCGACCGACGUCUUAGAACAUGCCUACUUCACCACGGAGGAACCGGCGGCUAGGCAGGCGAUCGAACUUAAGGACCUUCAAGGCGACUGGCACGAAUUCGAGUCCAAGGCUCUGCGCCGGGAAAAGGAGAAGCAGGAGCGCGACGCACGACGGGCUGCGGCGGCUAAAGAUGGCGGCAGUCGUGAUAAGGAGAAGGAAAAGGACAGGGACAGGGAGAGGGACAAAGACAAGGAUAAGAAGAGGCCGCCGUCGGCACAUGACUCUCAACGCGAGAGCAAACGUCCCCAUGUAGAUAGUGACCGUCUUGAUUGA